GUCAAAGACAAGUGAUUUGUGUCAAAGACAACUGAUGUGUGUCAAAAACAAGUGAUUUGUGUCAAAGACAACUGAUGUGUGUCAAAAACAAGUGAUUUGUGUCAAAGACAAUUGAUGUGUGUCAACGACAAUCAAGGACUACAAAUUUCAGAGAUUUGUUCAAGACAAUUGAUUUGAAACAAAGACAACUCAUCUUUGUCAAAGACAACUGCUCUCUAUCCAGGAUAGUACAAUUGUAUCCAGAACAAUUGUCUAGUGUCAAAAGACAAUUGUUUUGUGUCAAAGACAACUGAUUAGUGUCAAGGACAAUGGAUAAGUGUCAAAGACAAUUAAUUUGUAUCCAAAACUGAUUGGUGUCAAAGACAACUGAUUUGUUUUUAAGACGACUAAUUUGUGUCAAAGACAAUUGAUUUAUGUCCAAAACAAUUGAUUUGCAUCCAGAACAACUGAUUGAUGUCAAAGACAACUGAUUUGUUUCAAUGACAACUGAUUUGAAUCCAGCUCUUUCCUAGGUAUAACUGACAAUUGACAGUGAUAUUGGAUUGUAAAUAUAGGUAUACUACAACAGUUGGUUCUUUCUGAACAGCAGUGGGAUUUUUCCAUUUACACGGUACAGGACAUGAAAUGGCACAAAUUUCUGUUACUGGAUACAAUAUUCUGGAUAAAUUUCCCUAUGCAUCCUGGAUAUAAUGACAAACUGGAUACAUUGAUAAUCUGCAUAAACUGACUCCUGGAUACAAUGGCAGCCUGGAUAUGAUAAUUAUCUGGAUACAGUUAGGUACUCAUCUUUUUUAAUAUGAAGUAUACAUUUGUACAUUAAGGAUAUGAAUUGUGGCAUAAUUGGUAAACAUGAUAUGGGAAUGUGACCUUUGAACUUUGGUGACUAUGAAAAGGUUCAUACAGGCAUUCUUACACAGCACAGAAGUCUGUCUUACAGCAAGCAUGUGAACUACAAUGGGCCUGGCAGAGAAUGUGGCUCAGAGACAUGGCCUCAUUGUGACCUUGUGUGAGGCUCAGGGACAUGGUCUCAUUGUGGCCUUGUGUGAGGCUCAGGGACAUGGUCUCAUUGUGGCCUUGUGUGCGGCUCAGGGGCAUGGUCUCAUUGCGACCUUGUUUGAGGCUCAGAGACAUGGUCUCAUUGUGGCCUUGUGUGAGGCUCAGGGACAUGGUCUCAUUGUGGCCUUGUGUGAGGCUCAGGGACAUGGUCUCAUUGUGACCUUGUGUGAGGCUCAUGAGCAUGGUCUCACUGUGGCCUUGUGUGAGGCUCAGAGACAGGGUCUCAUUGUGACCUUGUGUGAGGCUUAGGGACAUGGUCUCAUUGUAGCCUUGUGUGAGGCUCAGGGACAUGGCCUCAUUGUGACCUGUGUGAGGCUCAGGGGCAUGGCCUCAUUGUGACCUUGUGUGAGGCUUAGGGACAUGGUCUCAUUGUGUGGCCUUGUGUGCGGCUCAGGGACAUGGUCUCAUUGUGUGGCCUUGUGUGAGGCUCAAGGACAUGAUGUCAUUGUGCCUUUGAGUGGUGUUCACAGACAUGGUCUUGUUAUGGCUUUGAAUGAGGACCAGAGCUAAACUGCCAAGCGGUAAGAACAGAAACCUAAAUAGACAGGUACACUUUGUGAUUGUAAUAAAACAGGUGCUUCACUAGAAAAUAUGUGUUCCAUGAGAUGAUGUUCCAAAGUGUCUUAAUUUUGUCACAUUGCCUUUUUUGCCUUUGAUCAAUGAAUGUUAUUGCUUGAUCAUGGUACCUUAUAUUUGUUUAAAUGCUCUGCUAAUGUGUAAUAAAACAUAUAAAACUUG